AUGUCCGAAGAUGUCCUGUUAUCCGACUCGGAGUCAUUUCAUUCGGGCGUGAGUGAAAAAGACUUCAAGGAAAAUUACAGGCUUCACUAUCUCGUCUGGUGCAAUGACUAUGACGACGUGGCAAAGUACAUCCGAGGCUCUUCUUUCGACAUGUUCGAAUUCGAAAGAGUGGAUCAGCGAGGCCGCACGCCGCUGCACAUUGCUAUCUCCCUAGGACAUUUUGAAAUUGCGAGAUUAUUACUUUCAUCUGGUGCAAAUCCGACUUCGAAAAAUGCAGGAGGCUGGUCCGCCUUGCACGAAGCAACGUCAAUCGGCGACCCUGAGUUGGUUAUUGAAAUUCUCGUCAAUCGCGCCAGUUUUCGAAAAAUCAACGAGCUCCAGGGACGCAGCGCGUUUUUGAAGCACUUCUUCAGCAUGCCCGAUCUUUACCUGGAGAUGAAGUGGGAGAUCACGAGCAUGAUCCCGCUCGUUGGUCGUUUUUGUCCAUCGGAUACGAUGAAAAUUUGGAAGAAAGGAGCAAACAUUCGAGCCGACUUUCACCUUGUCGGAAUGGAGAAAAUGUCCUUCAAAAAAGGAUUCAAGAGUAUCCUUUUCAAACUAAACGAAAAGUCAAAAGUUCCAAGCGGAGACAUUGUAGAAGUCGACCACGUGGAGAAAACAGCUUCUUUCGAAAGCUGGUCCGCAGAGGAAGGAUCAGUAAAUACUGAUAGAGUUACUCCUUUGAAUCCACGAUUCGUCAGUCUCACCACGGCCCAGCGACUCCGCUUGGAAAAGGCAGUUCAACACAGACUCACGAAUCCGAUCAAACUUUCGUCAGUAGAUCCCCACAAAAUCAAAAUAGAACAUGCUAAGAGUGGAAUAUGGGGAUUUCAAUCAGAUAAAAAAGAACAAGUCUCUGGAUACGACUGCGAUGUUUACAGUAUAAAUGGAGUAGAACUUCUUCAGAGGACGAGGACAGAACACUGCGAAGAGAAUCAAAAGACCGAUGGGACAGCUUUAAAACGCUCCUCAAGCAACAGCUCUGGGGUUGAAACCUUCGGACAAAUCCUAGGUGUCGAUAAGGGAACGAAACUAACAGACACAACUACUAGUUCUUUCCAGCAAGCGUAUAAUCCAGACGGACUAACUCCAGAAGAAUACUUUAAUCCGACUCCGGAAACAGAGAAUAAAGAUAUCGGUCGUCCGAAAAUUAUGAAAGAAAAGCGUCAAUCCUUCAAAGGCUCUGCCUGGAUCACGGAAAACAGUCCGAUCUCUCUGGUCGAUGAGCUCAUUCCCAUAUUAGAUAUUCUUUGUAAUUUCAAUGAUAUUCCUUGGUUUGAGUCGCUGAGAGAGAUGCUCAAACUUAUUCCGAAAGGAUUUCCUUGCAGGCUGGACGUUCCACUUUUUUAUGUUUUUACAGCGAGAGUCACUUUCCAGAACAUUAAUGGAGAAGGCGAAUUCUGCCAAAAAGACGCCGAUGGAAAACUAAAAAUCGACGACAAAGUAUUCCGCAUUCCCGGCGAAUACCAACAAGAGCAUCGAAGUCUUCACGAAACCGUGGCUGAGCACAGGCGCAACCGCCGAGAAACUAACUUUGAGGAUCCUGAGCUGAAUGCUGCCAUCGAAGAAAGUCUCAAAGAGCUGGGCGUGGCGAAUGAUCCUGCAACGAGAAGACAGAUAAUGGAAAGUCAGCGACAAGUCAGAAUGGGUCAGGUGUACACGCAGAUGCGCGGGGACAAUCUCGGCUUCCCGGGACUCCCGUCGUCGACUACUUUCGGCUCCCAUGGAGACCAGAAGGGUAUUUGGGAGGCUGAUCAAGCUGACAAGAAUAUGUUCGGCCGAACGAACAACAUCCUCGCCGGAUACUUGAACAAGGCAGUUCUCGCCCUCCCAGACAUUCCAAUGCUCGAGGGGUGCCGUAAAGCAGCAUUGGACCGUCAAGUCGCUGCCCGAGCUCAAUACAAAACUUUCCCGAUCUUUGGCCACGAGGCUUUCGAUGCUCACCACCAUGUGAACUACACUGCUCGACGAGCAAACAUUUUCCGUCACGAACAGCCUAUCUGGGCGAUGGAGCACUUUGGCAUGGAUCGCAUCCGAUUUUCCCAGCCGGAAGAACUCAAUCCAGCCGUACGAAACCCGUCAUCAGGAUUUUUCUUCGGUAAAUCUGUUGCCUACCCAAGCUCGAAAAACGACACUUACAUCGACUUUGACACCAGAAACUGGGGCAAGUCUGGCAUCCGAGUUCAAAAGUAA